ACACAUCAGUACAUAGAUACCUGUCUCUCUCUCACACACACACACACACACACACACACACACACACACACACACACACACACACACACACACACACACACACAGAGUCAAACCCUCACAUGGCUCCCCAUCUCAUCCUCCUCCUCUUCCUCAUCUUCCCCAGACUCUCAGCAGUGAGGCAUGUGUCUGUGCAGACUGGAGGCUCCAUCACCUUCCCAUGUCGCUAUGUUCUGAAUCACAUAAACCAUGUUAAAUACUGGUGUCAAGGAUUAGGUUGGGAUGUAUGUUCGUAUUUAGUACGUACUGACCAACCUAAGAGCAGUGGUAAGACCUCAAUAUCUGAUGACAUCAACAAGAGAAUCUUCACUGUGACCAUGACUGACCUGACGUCAUGGGAUUAUGGGAAUUACAGGUGUGUUGUGGAGAUCAAUGGAGGAACAGAUAUCAUGAUACAAUGGUUCUACCUGUCUGUCACUCCAGGUACUCCAGAACUCUAUGUGGACCAACAGGAAGUGACUGGAGUAGAAGGAGGGAGUGUCACUGUCUGUUGUUACUAUAGUAACUCUGGAGACAUGAAGUGGUGCAGGAUGGGUGGUGAUUGUGUGAGUGGGUAUUCUGGGACUUUAAAUGGAACAUCAGUGGCAUUAACGCGGACUAGUGAUGCCAACAACAGAACAGUCUUAACAGUGACUAUGAGUGGACUGCAGAUGGAGAACACUGACUGGUAUUGGUGUAGAGUUGGAGAACUAGAGAUGCCUGUUCACAUCACUGUCAGUCAACAAACUGCAACACAGAGAACCUCUAAGAUGACCUCAACAACCCAAGAUCCAACCUCUCAACAACCCUCUGCCUCUCCAACUGCUGAGCCUGUUCAGACUGACAACACAAGUCAAGGAGCUGAGGGGAACAUGGAGGAAGUCCACCAGAGGUCCGUGAAAGUCCUACUCAUCUCUCUGGGCAUGUUGGUGGUGGUGACAGCUGGUAUCCUAGUAACAUGGAAGAUGUGGAGAAGGCCUAAGGACAAUAAGGCCAAGGACCAGACAACUAACAACUCAGUGUCUGCUGACUCUGAGCAGGACAUUACAUACAGCACAGUGACCCACACCAGAGAAACAGCACAGCAGGAUCCAUUUCCUGAAGCUGAUGAUGAUGUCACAUACAGCACUGUCAUCCUCCAGCACAAGACCCAAAUAAAAGGACAGACCAAGUCAGCAGAACCAGAUGAUCAUGUGGUCUACAGCUCACUAGCUCUACAGGUGACCACACAGGUCAGUGUUGGUCUCUCCUCUGUCUGUUGUACCAGAUGAUGCUGAUCUCUCAACAAAGAUACAGACCACAUUACUAUGUGUACUAAACAUCACUCUUUAACCACACAAAUCUUUCUUAGUGUUUUUAUUUUGCUGCAUGUAAAAUGUUAUCAUCACAUUGUGACCAGCUAAACUAUUGUUAUCGGUGUGUAUCCAUACCAUUACAGUGUGGACUGUACCUGGGUUUAGGGUGACGUUGCCCCUAGAUGAUGAUCUUGGGUCAGAUUUGUUUUUAAAUCCCACUGAAGAUUAAGGUUAGGAUAGGAGGAGGGGAAGCUGAUCUGUAUCUAGUGGAAACGUCACAAUGGAGAUUGUGACUGAAUGUUUCACUUCCUCUCCAGCAGAGGGCAGCAGCAGCACAAUAGUGACUGACUGAGAGGACCUUCCUUUUACUGGAAGUAUAGAACACUCCUCUCUCCUGUGUCAGAACAUCUAUCUGCCUCCAAUAUGAUUCUGUCAUACCUCUUCACCCAUCCCAGGAAGACACCUCUAUUCUAUAGUGUAAUAAACUACUGAAGACAGUCUGCUGUGUUUGUUCUGAUUAUCAUCACAUUUCUGUUAUUAGUUAUGUUCCACCACCUUUCCCCUUGUCUCUUAUUUCUUACAUCAUGAUCUUAUUGAUCUCAUCUAGUUUAAUGUCCUAUGCCUGUAACUAAUCAUGAUCAAAUGUGUAUUAAGAUCUUAGUAUAGACAGCUACUAUGUAUAAUAACUACUGUACUGCAAUAAUAAAAUGUACUAUAUAUAUUAA